UCUCUCUCUCUCUGUUUGUCUCUCUCUCUCUCUCUGUCUGUCUCUCUAUCUCUCUCGCUCUCAGGUACUACCGGCUGCCACUACCGAUGGAGGGAGCACCUCUAGAGGAGGAUUUUGAUGCCUUUGUUACUGUUCUCAGGGAAAGCCCCAACCUGUCUUUGAGAAGGGAUGUUUCCAGGCCUCUGCCUGCCCUGUUGUUCAGCUGUCAGGUGGGGGUAGGGCGGACCAAUCUAGCCAUGAUCCUGGGGACCCUGGUCCUCAACCACCUGAAGACAACCCAGGAACCACCACAAGUGGAAGAGGCAGAAGCCAAGCCCCUGUUCCAAGUCAUUCAGACCCUCAUCAACAGACUACCUGAAGGCCAACAGGUCAUGGAAGAGGUUGACCAAGCGAUCGCUCUGUGUUCAGAAAUGCACAACAUAAAAGAAGCAAUGUAUGAAAAUAAGAAGAAGCUUGAAGCGAUCGGAGAUGAUUUUCAAAUUCAGGGAAGCACGACCAAAGACUACUUUCUCCACAGAGCCAUCCAGAGCCUGGAGCGUUAUUUCUACCUGAUUGUGUUCAACGCGUAUCUUCAUGAACAGUAUUCCCUUGCCUUUGCGUCCAACUUCAGCCAGUGGCUGUGUGCUCACCCCUGGGUGUACCGCCUGCUGGCCUGUAUGGACCUAUCAGAACUCUCCGCUCCGCCUGAUCUCGUCACCAAGGGAGCCCGCGUUCUGGUUGCUCAUGAGUACCUGUCUCCAGACAUACUCAGCACAGUGAAGGAGAUGAAGGUGGCUAACUUCAGAAGAGUCCCCAAGAUGCCUGUCUACGGCAUGUCACAGCCUACAUCAGAGGCGACAGGUGCGGUGUUGACCCACCUGACGGAUGAGAAGAGGAAGUACAGCCACGUCCUGUGGGUCAACCUGCAGGAGGAGCUGGUUCUGGAGGGGAACGGACAGAUCUUCACCCCCAGAGAGCCUUCCUGUAUGGGGCAACACAUCCCUGUCCCCGCUACAGACCCCACGCAGAUAGAGAAACUAGAGACAGCCCUGGGAGAGGAGGUUCAGAGAGCCCAGAAGUGGCUGGAGGUGACUCUGGAGCAGGAGAAACAGAUGAAGAUGUUUAAAAGCUGUCUGACGGUCCAGGAGGUGUUCAAGCAGUACCAGAGAACACACCCGGGACUGUUCUAUAAACGUAUCCCUCUGGCAGACUGCUGCGCCCCCAAGGAGGAGGACUUUGACCAGCUCUUGGAGGCCAUGAAGAGUACCUUGGCAGAGGACUCUCACUCAGCCUUCGUGUUCAACUGCUCCAACGGCAAGGGAAGGACCACCACGGCCAUGGUCAUAGCUGCUCUCACUGUCUGGCACUUCAAUGGCUUUCCUGAGUUUGGUGACGAUGAGAUUGUCAGUGUUCCUGAUGCCAAGUACACGAAGGGAGAAUUCAAGGUGGUGAUGCAGCUAGUCAGACUACUGCCGGACGGCCACCAGAUGAAGAGGGAGGUGGACAUGGCUCUGGACUCAGUUAGCGAGACCAUGACCCCCAUGCAUUACCACCUCAGAGAGAUAAUCAUCUGUACCUACAGACAGGUAGGACCAUACACCCCAUAGACAGCCAUACUAGACCAUGACCCCCAUGCAUUACCACCUCAGAGAGAUAAUCAUCUGUACCUACAGACAGGUAGGACCAUACACCCCAUAGACAGCCAUACUAGACCAUGACCCCCAUGCAUUACCACCUCAGAGAGAUAAUCAUCUGUACCUACAGACAGGUAGGACCAUACACCCCAUAGACAGCCAUACUAGACCAUGGCCCCCAUGCAUUACCACCUCAGAGAGAUAAUCAUCUGUACCUACAGACAGGUAGGACCCCCCUCCCAUUACAUACCUAUAGACAGGUAGGACCAUACACCCCAUAGACAGCCAUACUAGACCAUACACCUCAUAGACAGCCAGCUGAGUGAUUAUCAUCUGCACCUACAGACAUGUCCAGUAGAGGGCGACACCUGCCUUUACAUUACACUACCUAUCAAUAACACAAAUAAUGUCAACUCAUUAAAACACUGUUUUGAAGGCUGUUUUGAUCACACUGAUAUAAGGGAAUGGUUGCAUUGGUUGUCAUGUGUCACAGGUACAUUUCUAGUCUGAAAGGCAUGACCCUGAACUGGUACAAACCAAUGGGAGAGACAAGACUAUUUAGCUACAGUUCUACUUCUGGCCCAUAGAUGGCAGUAAUGCUCUUGUUCUUUUUGUUUUUUAGCUACAGUUCUACUUUUGGCCCAUAGAGGGCGGUAAAUGCUCUUGUUUUUAUUUAGCUACAGUUGUACUACUGGCACAUAGAUGGGAGUAAUGCUCUUGUUUAAUUUUUUUUAGCUACAGUUCUACUCCUGGCCCAUAGAUGGCAGUAAUGCUCAUGUUUUUUUUAUUUAGCUACUGUUCCACUCCUGGCCCAUAGAUGGCUGUAGUUCCACUCCUGGCCCAUAGAUGGCAGUAAUGCUCUUGUUUUUAUUUGGCUACAGUUCCACUCCUGGCCCAUAGAUGGCUGCAGUUCCACUCCUGGCCCGUAGAUGGCAGUAAUGCUCCUGUUUUUAUUUGGCUACAGUUCCACUCCUGGCCCAUAGAUGGCUGCAGUUCCACUCCUGGCCCAUAGAUGGCUGCAGUUCCACUCCUGGCCCAUAGAUGGCAGUAAUGCUCUUGUUUUUAGGUGACUAGUCAUGUCUUGGACCCAAGCUACUCAAAAGCAUCUACAAGUACUAUGUUUGUUUAGUAGUUGUUGUUUAAUGUUAAUUCUUUGACUUUAGGGUGCAGUACUGGUUAGAAAUGAAUAUUAUGUUGUUGCUCAUGAUAAUAAGGGGCGACAGGUAGCCUAGUGGUUAGAGCGUUGGA